AUUCCCUGCGGCAACGUUGAUAGGAGCGACUCUACCGCCACGAUUAGUAUCGACGUUUAAACACAUGUGAGUAAUUUUAGGCAAUACUUCAACUGCCCUAUUUUGAGACGAGCAUAGCGCGCUACACUAUUUUUUGAUGGAUGUUAAAAGGAUGAAAAAGCGCAGUUUCGCGGUUGAAGUAAAAUUUGAUGUCGUCGAGGCUUCCAAGGCACCUUGCGUUCUGUAGCCCGCCAGUACAUCAUUGAUCAUAAUUGUGUGCGUGCAUGGCGAGAUAAAGAGACAGAGCUGAAUAAACGCAUCGUAGAUACAGGCGACACAGAGCAGUUUAAGAAACGUAGGACAGCGAUUGAGACUAGAGUGGACCUGGAAGUGAUUCAAAAUAUUGGUGAAUGCAGCAAGAGACAGUGAUGUCAGUUCAGGGAAAGCAUCAGUCGACGUAAACUGCAAAUUAUAUGCUGGUGGGAUUUAAGGGGACGGAAGGCGUUUUUUCGGAGGUUGCGGCCAGGGUGGCGUUUGAGGUGUUGCGAGCAGCCGAGGCGCUGACGCCGAACGACUUUAUGACGGUGGGUUUGUCUCACAUUAACGACGUGGUGGAAGCCGUAGAAAGAAACGAGCUGGCAUAUGGAGUAUUGCCCGUCGAGAUUUGAUCUCUGCCACUUUCCAUGGCAAUUUAGACCGACUUGUGAACUAAAAUUAAAAAACGUCUGUGAGGUGUCUUGUGUGCAGAUGCUGUGGCUCUGCGUGUUUCCAGGGGUAACUAUGAUUAAAACUAAGCAGCCAUCAUCACAUCCGGCCGUCCUGGAUCAUUUAGAGAGCCACAUUUGCGCCAUGGAGCUUAAACUGGGUAGAAUAUUCGAGCGCAAUGCAGCUUAGGAUAGCGCCGGUGCUUGCCAACCAGUCAAGCAGGAAGCAAUGCGGCAUAUGGCUGCAAUAGCUAGCGGACAGGCUGCACUUGCGCACUGGUUGGUUGUCUUGGAACAUGGAAUUGGAGACGAACACCCGUUAUAUGAUCUGCUGACGGCAGGACGCCACACCGCUGCCGGUAGGAGCAGCUACAAGAUUUUGAAGUAUCAGCACUCAGGUUUCUAUCGCAACAAAAUCGAGCAUCGUUCUAGCUGUCCCGAAUGAACCUCAAGCACUUUCAGAAUUGUCUUGAUCUUCGCACAUCGCAAUAUAAUGAUUGCAAAGAUUGAGAUUCAUCCUGCAGCCACCGCUGGUAACCUAUUUACAGCUCAGACGAUGCACUGAUUAGUUGUCGUUUGAGCUUAUCUCACUCACAUGCAGGGACUACAUCUUCUAUAUAGAUUACAUCACAGUAUCGUUUCCAUGCGGCAGUAUUUCAAAUGAAAGCUCCUUACGCAGAAACUGGAAGUUGAGUUGCGAUCUCUCGUUCAAUUACAUUCUUUGAAGUGCGGUGCAAGUACUGGGAUGCGGAGACUUCAGAUCAGGACACCCGCUAUUAGAUGAAUGGGAUGCACCAAAUGUGAGGAACCUUGGCACCUUGAAAGUCCCGUGCUUGACGAUAGAGAAAUCUGAGCGAGCAUGUAUAGUUUUGUUGAAGUCGUGGCAGUGCAAACACACUCUCAUUGACGCGAAAUAAAGGUAGCAUGUUCUUGUACAUGUUCUUAAAUUUAACAUCACUCAAUUACAAAUUACUUCUCAAAAAGUUAGCGUCGUAUGUUAGCGAGAACAACCAUGCAGCUUACACUCGAUUGUAAUAAUGAAAAGACGAUAGGUGCGUUUCGUUUAAAGGUGUUCAAAAUUCGUCUUUUCCCGCUAGCAAAGAAAGUUUUACUCGGGCUU